CCGUGAAGCUCAGUGUCUGGUGAAAAACCUCCUUCUGAGCUUCGGUCGGGAUUCAGUACGACAACCCGCCCACAACCACCAUCUCCUUUUUUUUCCACCCCCUACACACAACCCAAAAUGUCAUCGUCGUGUAGGCAGGCCAUCCGGCCGCUGCGGCGAUGCCUGAACAGCAUAGCCACGCCGCUGCCCAUACGAAGGAGCCUGUCGACGACGCCCGCCCCGGCCGCCGAGGUGUACAAGGUAUCGCGCGAGCGGCCCGAGACCGUGGACCCCGUCGAGCUCGACCCUAACACGGCCGUCGCGCCGUGGGCCGAGAAGGACCUCUGGAAGGCCGGCACGCCGCCCGUCGGUUCAAGGCGUCGCCGCUACGCCAUCCGCACGAGCCCGAACCUGCCCUUCGAGCAGCUGCCCUACCAGGCCUUCCAGGAGGCGCGCAAGAUCCUCGCUGCCGAUCGCGAGGAGAAGCUGCGCGCGAUUGUGGCAGAGACGGAGAAGAUCAAGAGGCUGGAGGCUACAGAGGGGGAUAAGAUCAAGGGAGGGGAGAGAAUGCGUCAGAUGAAGCUGGCCAGCUUGCGCCAUCACGUCGAGAGGCUGAAGGUUCUGGCUGAUAUUAACGAUCCCGCCGUGAAGAGGCGGUUCGAGGACGGUCUUGGCGACAUGAAUAAGCCCAUCUACCGCUUCCUUGCCGAGCGUAAGUGGCGCGCCUACGAGGCCAAGAUGAUCGAGCAGCGUAUCGCCCAGUUCAACAUCGUCCCCGACGUCCUCCCCAAGCUGGUCCCCACCUACGACGUCCAGCUUUUCUUCCGCCGCUCCAAGGUGCCCCCGGGCAAGAUCCUUCCCAGUAACGUCACCGAGGUGCCCCCGCGCCUGCGCGUCACCCCUUUCACGGCGGGUGAGCGCCUCGUCACCAUCGUCAUCAUGGACUCGGAUGUGCCCUCGGUCGAGAACGACGGCUUCAGCAAGCGCUGCCACUUCCUCGCCGCCAACGUCCCCGUCUCGCCGACGUCCACCUCCGUCCCGCUCUCCAAGGUCCGCGACCCCUCCCAGCUCGCCGUCCCCUACCUGCCUGCCUUCUCGCAAAAGGGCGCGCCCUACCACCGCCUCUCCGUCUUCAUCCUCGAGCAGGCCCCCGGUCAGACGCUCGACACCGCCGCGCUCAAGGAGCUCUACUCGGCCCGCGACGGCUUCUCCCUCAAGUCCUUCCGCGACAAGUUCCGCCUCAACCCCGUUGGGUUCAACCUCUUCCGUACCGUCUGGGACGAGAACACGGCCGGUGUGAUGGAGCGCGCCGGCAUGCCGGGCGCCGACAUCGAGUUCCGCCCCACUCGCGUAUACUCUCUGAAGGAGCCCAAGAAGCCUCGCGGUUGGGAGGCCAAGCGCCAGGGUCCCAAGUACAAGCACCUGUGGAAGUACACCAAGCGCAUCAAGGGCUACUCCAACGCCAAGGGCCUGGUCAGGAGAUAAGGGGCAUGGAAGUGUCGUUGGAGGGGAAACGAGACGCGGGUGUUUUUUUGGCGGUGAAGCCAGACCGGGAUAUCACGCAGCGGGAGCUGGAAACGAGAAAAGGGGAAGAGCGCGGGGUGCUGUCAAAAAGUGUAGAAUACGUGUACUUUAUGUGCUAUCAUCUGGCUGUAGAUGGGUGCAGUCCCAAGGCUGCGGUUGUUAUAGAUCACCUACUGUCAA